AUGGAGAUUACCAUUGACUUUUCAUUAUCAGUUAAUGGUGCACCACUUCGUUUCAUAGGGGAACUAUGGCUCGACCAAGUUUGGCUUAAUCCCACUUCAACAGAGUCUGCUUACCCACUCUUUCCAGAGACCGUAAGGGAAUGGACUGGAUUCUUUCAAGGUGUAGGACUUACAGUUGCCAGUUCAAUUUUUGUCAUUCCAGGAGGACAGAUCCCCAUAUGCUCAACUGAAGAACUCAAUCUUAGAGUCAAAGGUGAUGCAAAAAUUCGUAUGUAUUACAAUAUUUUAUCGCCUAUCAACAAAUUAUUAGUAAGAUCACAAGGACUACAAGGAAUAUUUUGCGAGACACUCACUGGAUUUUUAGGCCUUUCUGAUCAUGUCUUAUGCACUAAUAAUUUCACAGUAGCCAAAAUGCCUGUGGAAAUGAAAAUGUGUCACAAUCUGAAUUUAAGAGGUUAUAAUCUCUGGGAAGUUUGUCGAAAUGUUGACCGGGAUCAAAUAAGGAAUAGGGAUCUUAAUUUUAAAUUUAAGAAAAGGAUCUUAUCGCAGGUGUUUUGCGCAAUGGCCUGUAAUGGCCUUCAUUACGGCAUCUUAUCAAAUUAUAGCGAUACAUACUUUCACAAGCGAGAUGAAGCAAGUUCAACCACUUUGUAUGUUACCUGUGUUGUUCAACCUAAUGAUGUUAAUUUAACUUUACGCGAAUGCGUGUACUACAUCAGUCGAUUAGCUUUUACUGAUAAUGCCAAUAAUAGAUUGAGUCAUAUUACGCUUGAUAAUAUAUCAUCUAGUGACUCUGAUGAUGAUGACCCUAAUAAGAUCGGUGGAAAUGCUAUUCCACCUUUGUCCUAUGAAGGUUAUGUUUAUGAUAGGUAUUUUUAUGCAUUGGCAUUACAGCUAGUGGAAGAUGCUCGUCAUAUUGAUCCCACAAGAAAUAUUCUCUUUGAGCCAAGAAGUCGCCAUUUCUUUUUUGUUGAUCUUGGCCUAAGUGAGUUCGUUGGUACUGGAUCACUAAAGUUGCGCAAGGAGGAAAAGAGAUUAAAAAAAUUGUUACAACUGAGACCAUCUAGAUUAAUACAGAUUAGCCUUUUCGCUCAAAAAUGUAAUAAUUUAUGA